AUGGUUAUUGCAAUAAUACAAACACGGGAUAUAAGUGUUCUUGAUAUGGAGGGUAAAGACUGUCAGACAAGGAAUUACUGUUAUAACCAACAUUGUUCUAACCCUGGAACUUGUCAAAACGAGCGUAGUUCUUACACGUGUCAAUGUAAUGCUGGAUACCAAGGAAAAGACUGUGACCACACUUACUGUUUUCAUCAUCAAUGUCUGAAUGGAGCCUCUUGUGUUAACGGUGAUUCUAACUAUACCUGUAAAUGUGUUCCAGGUUAUAUAGGAUCGUACUGUCAAACACGUGAUCAUUGUUAUCAUCAAACAUGUAGUGGACAUGGAACCUGCCAGAACGAUCAACAAAACUAUACCUGUAAUUGUGAACCAGGUUUUCUAGGAAGUAACUGUGAAUACGACUAUUGUUUCAAUAACACUUGUGAAAAUGGUGCAACUUGUCACAGUGGAAAUUCUAAUUAUACAUGUUCGUGUAAACCUGGUUAUAAAGGAACUCUUUGUGAUACACGUGAUUACUGCCACGGACAGAGAUGUAGCGGUCAUGGAAUUUGUCAUAAUGAACAAAGUAGAUACACUUGCACCUGCCAACCAGAUUAUCGAGGAAAUAAUUGUGAAUUGACAAACUACUGUCAUAGUAAUCCUUGCGGAAAUGGACAUUGUAAUAAUACAAAAACGGGAUAUAAUUGUUUUUGUUAUGGAGGGUAUCUCGGAACGAACUGUGAGAAAGUAGAUCACUGUUUUAAUAAGCAAUGUUCUAAGCAUGGUACCUGUCUUAAUGGACAGAAUACUUACAAUUGUACCUGCAAUGGUGGAUUCUUGGGUAGAGACUGUCAGACAAGGAAUUAUUGUUAUAACAAACAUUGUUCCAACCAUGGAACUUGUCAAAACGAGCAUAAUUCUUACACGUGUCAAUGUAAUGCUGGAUACUUAGGAAAAGACUGUGAACAAACUUACUGUUCUCAUCAUAAAUGUCUGAAUGGAGCCUCUUGUGUAAAUGGAGCCACUAACUAUACGUGUAAAUGUGCUCCAGGAUAUAUAGGAUUGUACUGUCAAACACGUGACUACUGCUACCAUCAGAAGUGUAGUGGACAUGGAACCUGCCAUAACGGUCAUCAAAACUACACUUGCAGUUGUAAUUCUGGUUUCCUGGGCAGAAAGUGUGAAAACGACUAUUGUUUUAAUAUCACUUGUCGAAACGGCGCUACUUGUAAUAGUGGAAAUUUUAAUUAUACAUGUUCGUGUAAACCUGGUUAUAAAGGAACUCUUUGUGAAACACGUGAUUACUGUCAUGGGCAGACAUGUAGAGGUCAUGGAAUCUGUCAUAAUGGACAAAGUGGAUACACUUGUGGCUGCAAACAAGGAUUUCUUGGAAAUGAUUGUGAGAUGAAAGAUUACUGUCAUAGUAAUCCAUGCAGACAUGGACAUUGCACUAAUACAAACACGGGAUAUAAUUGUUUUUGUUAUGGAGGGUAUCUCGGGACAAACUGUGAAAGGGUAGAUCACUGUUAUAAUAAGCACUGCUCUAACCAUGGUACCUGUCACAUCACAGGGAAUUCUUACUCUUGUACCUGUAAUGGUGGAUUUAUGGGGAAAGACUGUGAAACCCGGAAUUAUUGUUAUAACAAACAUUGUUCUAACCAUGGAGCUUGUCAAAACGAGCAUAGUUCUUACACGUGUCAAUGUAUAGCUGGAUACUUAGGAAAAGACUGUGAACAAACUUACUGUUUUCAUCAUCAAUGUCGGAAUGGAGCCUCUUGUGUUAAUGGUAACCGUAACUUUACAUGUAAAUGUGCUCCAAGUUUUAAGGAUACAUACUGUCAGACGCGUGAUUAUUGUUACCAUCAGAACUGUAAUACAGGUGAAUGUGUCAACGCUAACGGAAGUUAUACGUGUGACUGUGCGAAUUGAACAACUGGUAGGAACUGUGAAUCACUGGUUGCAAACCAGUGUCACAAUGGCACGUGUAAUAAUCAUGGACAGUGCCAUGUUUAUCAAAGAAGGGCCGUGUGCACGUGUAACAUUGGAUAUAACGGUACUGAUUGUUCCAAACGUAACGCAUGCGCCCACCACCCGUGUCAGAAUGGCGCAAAAUGUUUGAUAUCUGAAGCUAACUACACGUGCCACUGUGCCAAAGGUUUCAUAGGAGAACUCUGUGAUAUCGUUGAUCACUGUGCAACGAUUCCCUGCCAACACUCUGGAUCUUGUAUUAAUACCGAUUCUGGAUAUAAUUGUUCAUGCCCUGAUCAUUUCACGGGACAGAACUGUAGCAAUCCCGAUUACUGUUUUGGACAACACUGUUAUAACCGAGGACGGUGUGUGAACAAGAUCAGGGAUUACCUAUGUCAGUGUAGGAAUGGAACAACUGGUAAAAACUG